AUGUACGUCCCACCCGAACUAACCGACCUCAUCAUCGACCACCUCGCACACGACCCUCGCACACUCGCCUCUUGCACUCUGGUCUGCAAAACUUUCUUCCCUCGCUCACAUACACACCUCUUCAGCAGAAUAACCAUCGGACAUCCAUCCCGGGCCAACUCAGCCAGACAGUUCCUUCCUCUCCUCCCAUAUGUCGGUGAUUUAGUCAAGUCCUUACGGAUCGAAGCGGAAUGUGGGUUUCGCGACAAGGACAACACAGAGGGAGACUUUAUGAUGAUGAAUGACCUCAUCGACGAGCUCUUAUGGAAGACAGCGCAUGAUAAACAAUGGGUAUCACACGACCCUGCUCUGCCCACCAUCCUCACCUCGCUGCCGAACUUAACCUCCCUCGAAAUACGUGCCCUCCGCUGGAGAAACCCUUGGCGCGUACACCAAUGCACACCGUCGUUCGAGCACACACUCGCCGCUAUAGCACCUCAGGUAGCCUCUCUCCGCCUGGAUUACGUCCACUUCGACAGCCUCCCAGGGCUCUUGGGUAUUUUGUCGACGUUUCGAGGGAUGAAGAAGUUGGCAUUGGGUGUGAUUAUGGCGCCGCCGUAUCCGGUGGUGCUUACGGGGAAGACGACAGAGCCGUUGGAGAUUGAGGAGCUGGAGGCGAACAUGGAGGGAAGCGCGAGAGUGGUUGAAGUACUGAUGGCGAGUCCGUGGGCGAUGUCGUUUGGGAGGUUAAAGAAGCUGAGGGUGAAAAGGUGCUACAGGGCGCAGAUGGAACUGGUCAGGGUGUUAGUGGAUUUGUCGAGGGGUUCGUUGGAGGAAUUGGCGGUCGAUGAUUGUGUAUUGCCGGUUGAUCAUGUUAAUCGAUGCCCGCCGCUGGAUGUGCACCAUCUAAAAUCACUUUCGGUAACGCUAUCAUCGGAUUGCUUUCCCCGGUUGAUGCGUUGGUGGGUCGGGGCACUAGGAAGGGAGGAAACAUCGAAGAUCCAGUAUAUGACACUGGCAGUGGAGCAUCGUAGUGUUGCCAACGUAUUCCUGGACAAGGAGUCAUGGAGCGCUCUGAGCCAGGUCCUAGAUCAUGACCGAAUGGGCGCAUUGAGGCGCGUAGACAUUGUGGUGAAAGCAUGGCGAGGGCUGGGGGAAGUUGUUAAGGAUAUCAGGAAUACGAUUCGAGAGUCGUGUGCUUCCAUGAUGGCCAGAGAUAUUAUUCAUGUGUAUGAUAAACAGCAUAUUUUGAUGUAGCACGAAUCCAGGUGUUUAAUGUGCCGAUAAUACAAAUAUGAUCGUGUGUUAUAUAUAGUCCCAGACAUUCCCAAAUCUCGAAGCGUAUCCUGGCUAACUCGAGGAUUUUUCUUAGCUGAAUAGCAUCGGGA